GAUCAUUUUUAAAUUGUGGUUUCGUGAUUUAGUCAUUGGUUGUUUUAAUCAGUCCAGCUAUAUGAUUUCAAUAUUUCUUAUCUACCUUAGUCUACACUUCAUUUCAUCCGACGUUCCUACAAUUCCAUUAAGUCAAGCUACAAAAAAUGUCGCUAUUCAAACGGAAUAUGAUGAACGCACAGAUCCUAUACUGUUACUCGAAGAGUUACAACGUGAAAUGACAAGAUUUCGUGAAAUUUUUGAUCGACUCGCUAAUAGAAUUGAUCAUUCUGUACCACCGUCUAGUUUAGCGAAUAAUAUUGUUUUAAAUGGUUCAUUGUUUAGUGCAUUGAUUAGUUUGAUAACAUAUUUUAUCGUUCAUAAUAAAUUUUAAUUGAACAUUGAACAGUAUUAAUUAAAAAUAUACAUACAUACUGUUUGUGAUAAAUCGAUUUUUAAUUUUUCAUUAAAAAGCUAAAUACAAGAUGAUGAUAUAUCUGAAA